AUGUUGAGGACAUCGAGAAGAGCAGCCGCGUUGCUCUACCGCUCCAAGAAUGCGUCGUCCUCGUCACAGCCUCGUCUUCUAUCCACCUCGGCCCCGCGGUACUCUGACGCUGACAACCUACAGAAACCAAUAGCAUUCGCAUUCGACAUCGAUGGCGUCCUCAAAGCCGGACCUAACGUCCUUCCAGAAGCGAAGCGAGCGCUGCAGAUUCUUGAAGGAAACAAUUCACGACAACAAAAGAUUCCCUACAUUUUCAUCACCAACGGCGGAGGAAAGCACGAGUCCGCACGUGCCAAAGACCUAGCCAGAGAGCUCGAGGUGCCAGUCACGCAAGACCAGGUGAUUCAGGCGCACACGGUCAUGAAGUCCCUCGUUCCACUGUACGGCGACAAACCCGUCUUGAUGGUUGGCGGACCAGAGUCGCCGCCCAACGCAGCAAGGGAGGUGAUGCAGAGCUACGGCUUCCAGAACGUCUACACAACUUUCGAUCUUCAUGCGCAUGCUCCCGCUGCAUGGCCUUUCUCCAUCGUACACCCAGAUCAGCUUCCCUACGUCCGACGCGAUGACUUUUCCAAGAUCCAGUUUGCAGCUAUCCUCGUCUUCCACGAUAGCAGAGAGUGGGGCAGAGAUACGCAACUCAUCAUCGACAUCUUACGGUCUCACAAUGGCAUCUUCGGAACCGAACAUCCUCCUUCAGAGCCUCUGCCAGACAAGCAGAUCCCGAUCUACUUUUCCCACGGUGAUUUGUUGUGGGGCAACGAUCACAGCGUCGUCCGAUUCGGUCAGGGUGCCUUUCGCCUUGCCAUCGAAAACGUCUACAAGCACACAACCGGACGCGAGAUGCAAUCCACCGUGUUUGGCAAACCCUACCGCAUCACCUACGAUCACGCAAACGAACUCCUACGUCAACACCUCAUCCACACCACUUCUCCCACCUCCCCAACCGCACAAGCAGCACGACUCGUCGGGCCUUCGGUCUGGAUGGUGGGCGACAACACCGAGAGCGACAUCAAAGGUGCUGUCGACUUUGGCUGGUCUUCUGCUUUGGUGCGAACAGGUGUGUACAAGGAUCACGAUGGUCCUCCAAAUCACGAGCCUACCAUCUUGGUUGAUAACGUGGAGCAGGCGGUGAUACAAGCUAUCAAGAGGGAAUGGGGGAUCUAG